AUGGCACAGUCCAAGAGAAUCCUCGAAUACCCCAAUGAACCUGAUCGACAGUCUCUUUCUGCGCUUUUGGUGAGGAAAAAUGCGCCUUUUAAUGCAGAACCCACCCCGCCAGAUCUUGUGAAGAAUUAUAUUACUCCCAUUCAAUAUUUCUUCUGCCGAUCUCACGGUCCUAUACCAGACCUUCAAGACGACCAUACGUUUGUUAUCAAUGGCUUGGGUGUGCGUGGGAAGGAACAAACCUGGAGUGUGAAAGAUAUCAAGCAAAAAUACGAUAAGAAAUACGUGAUGAUGGCUAUGCAGGGUAAUAGACGAGACGGCUUACAUCGGGUUAAGCACACCAAAGGAGUUAUCUGGGGACCUUGUGCUAUUGGAAAUGGAGUCUAUGCUGGGUGCAGACUAAAAGACGUGCUGGAAAGCGUGGGGGUUACCAAAGAUCUUCCUGACCUUGGACGACUACAUUGUGAAGAAGACGUUUGCUAUGGAUCCUCAAUACCUCUCACAAAGGCACUAGGUGUUUCUCUUGGUCUGGCUCUGAUUAACACAGCAACAACUUAUAGGGAUCCUUUCGGUGAUGUCCUACUUGCAUAUGAGAUGAACGGAGAACCGCUCACAAGAGACCAUGGUCAUCCUUUGAGGGUCGUCGUUCCGGGCUACAUUGGAGCUCGGUCAGUUAAAUUUUUGAAAUCGAUUACAAUCCAAGGCUUUGAAUCCGAAGCAUUCUAUCAACGUAGAGAUUAUAAAAUUCUUCCUCAGCAUGCAAAGAAAGAGGAUCAAGCCGAGUUGUUUUGGUCAAAAAUGCCAUCUAUUGGAGAAUACAACGUCCAGUCGUAUGUGUGUGAUCCAGCUGAUGGUCUACACUCAGGACAAACAAAGAACCAGGUAGUUCAAGGCUAUGCAUUAUCAGACAGUCUAUUAGAUGUUUCUGGCAAUGAUGGAAAGACCUGGGUAGAAGCCAGUUUGUAUCAACCCGCUGCUGACGGGAAAGCAACCCAUGUUUGGGGAUGGUGUACCUGGACUGCUCGUGUAGACACAGUAGACAACGUACGAAUUGUCUGCAGAGCUGUGGACUCUUCUGGUAAUAUACAACAGGAACAACCAGUGUGGAAUUACCGAGGAGUUAUGAAUAAUUCAUGGCGAACUGCAGACAAGAGGCCUGAUGCAGUUCUAUGA